AGAGACUUUUCGUCUACAUGCAAUGCUCUGCAAUUAAUUCGAUCAUUCACAGAUUUUCUACCGAUCACAUCAACUUUCUUACAAGAUUAAAUUCAAAAGCAAGAUAUUCAAGUAGAAACACACUCACACUGUGACAGUGUCUUAUAAUCAUUUAUAUACAAGGCCUUCCUCCUCCAAGAGUGGGAGAUUAAAAUGAUAAUAAUAAUCACUAAAUUUAUAUGUACAGUAAUACACUUGUAGAUGGUCAACCAAGUGAUCCAGUAUUUCUGUCAUUCAUUUUUCUCUCUAACUGUGCUAGUGAAACAAUAAUCACAUGAACAUUAUUUUACAAGUUGAACUCUGUUUCCUUCUUUGUUACACAAAACAAAUAAAAAAAACCAACAACAAUCAUUAACAUAGCCAUCAUCAGGUGUUAAACAUUGUCAUUAAAUUAUAAUAACAUAGUCUAUCAUUGACAAGAUGAUUCGUGCAACUUUGAUCAUCGUUAUCAGCCUUGGUGCAUUGGCAUUCAUCAAUGGACAAGAAGAAGUAAAGUCAUCAGGAAUUCCUAAUUUAGCUGAUAUUGCAAAAAUGCAAGGUUUAAAUAUAUCUGAUAUUGAAAAAGGUACUGAAGAUGCUAAAACUAUAUUAAGAAAAAAAUGUGAAAAAAAUGGGGGUCCAGAUGCAUUUGAUAAUGCUUAUAAUGCAAAAGAUAACAUAACAACAUGUAUGGAAAAUUUAAUAAAUAUAAAAACUCUUCAAGAAGAAAUACGCGUUGCUGGACCAACUGGUGAUGUUGAUCUUGUAUUUAAAAAAUAUUGUGAUAAAAAACCACAAUUUUUAAGAUGUAUUACAAAUUUUAUGGAUAAAUUAUCACCAUGUCUUGAACAAAGUGAAAAAGAUAAUUAUCAAACAGUUAAUACAGCUAUGGAUUCAUUGUUUGAUUUUGUAUGUCACAAAGAAGGAGAAAGAAUUGCAUUAUUUAUUUCGGUUGGAGGACCAGAAUGUGUUAUGGAAAAAGCUCCAAAAAUUCAAGAUUGUUUAAAUACAACAUAUGGAAGUAAUAUUACAUUACCAACUUCUGGAUUUGAUUUAACAAGUUUUAAUAGUUUACCAGCAUUAUCAUUUGGUCUUAAAGAGUGCGAACACUUGCAAAAUUUAAAGACAUGUAGUGUUAAAAGUUUGGAAGAAUGCAAAGAUACAACACCAGGAAAUAUGGCAGAUGCUUUAUUUAAAUUUCUUGAUCGUGCAACACCUUGUCAAAAUGUUAGAAAAGAAAAAUUACUUAAUGCUCAAGCACAAUCAGCACCAAUGUCUCUUGCUUCAUCACUUGACUUUAUGACUUUCUUAAUUAUUCCAGCUUUUUUAUUGGGAUUUAUGUAAAUAAUUUUAUAUAAAUUUUAUACAUUAAUUAUAUUUUAUUAAAUAUAUAUUAAUAUUUUGUUUAUAAUAAUGUACUAUCAAAAUAAUAUUGUGAUGGAAAUAUAUAACUUUAUUUUGCAUUUUUUGUAAAAUAGUAAAAAAAAAAAAAUUUCUACGCUUAUUUUUUGUAUUUUUUAUUACUUUAUUUGUAUUAAUAAAAUCAUACAUGGUAAGUUUAAAU